AUGGGCGCGGCCAUAUUGCACGGCACUAAUUCCUCCAGGCAUCAGAACCCAUCGCUCACUUCCAAAGUGGCCUUGAAUGUGAGUGAUAACAGGGGCCCGCUACUUACCCCAGUAACAAAUCUUAAAAGACAUCACAGAAUUCACACAGAAGGGAAACCUUACGAAUGCAGUGAAUGUCCCAGAUCCUUCAGGUAUAAGUCAAAGCUCAUAAUACACCAGAGAACCCAUACAGGAGAGAAACCAUACAGAUGCAGUGAAUGUCAGAAAGCCUUUAAUAAAAAGUCACACUUCAUAACCCAUCAGAGAAUUCAUACGGGAGAGAAACCUUAUGCAUGCAGUGAAUGUGGGAAGGCUUUUAUAGACAAGUCACAGCUUAUUGUUCAUAGAAGAACUCAUACGGGAGAGAAACCUUAUGAAUGCAAGGAAUGUGGGAAAGCCUUUAAUAAAAAGUCAUCCCUCACAACACAUCAGAGAAUUCAUACGGGAGAGAAACCUUAUGAAUGCAGUGAAUGUGGAAAAGCUUUUAUAGACAAGUCCCAUCUCAUUGUCCAUCAGAGAACUCAUACAGGAGAGAGACCCUAUGAAUGCAGUGAAUGUGGAAAAGCUUUCAUACGAAAGGCAAUGCUCAUUGUCCAUCAGAGGACACAUACAGGAGAGAAACCCUUUGUAUGCCUUGAAUGCCAGAAAGCCUUUAGCAGUAUGGCAAUGCUCAGUAGACAUCAGUUGAUUCAUACAGGAGAGAAACCCCAUGGAUGCAGUGAAUGUGGGAAGGCUUUCCGCCAAAAAAGCCAUCUUAUUAUCCAUCAACGAUGCCAUACUGGAGAGAAACCCUAUGGAUGCAUUCCAUGCGGUCAAAUCUUCAACCAGAAGUCACAGCUCAUUAGACAUCAGAGACAUCACACAGGAGAGAAACCAUAUCAGUGCACUCAAUGUGGGAAAGACUUUCUUGAGAAAUCAUACCUCAGUGUCCAUCAGAGAAGUCAUGCAGGGCAGAAACCUUAUCAGUGUGGUGAGUGUGGGAAAACUUACUCUGUCAAGUUCUUCCUCACUUCACAUGAGGAAAUUCAUACAUGAAAAAAAUCCCAGGAACA